UAAGGUGUGACGUAACUCGCCGGCUAAUCCUCUGCCUAUUCGUGUGUCAACCUCAAGUUAAUGGUCAACUAGAAUUGACUCAGUUUCAGUGCAAGCCGAGCUCGCCACACGUUCUGUAUGCGGCCAGCCAACGCGCACAUCGGGGACUCUUUAUAUAUAAGGAGAUCUUACGAAAUCGUUGGCACAUUCGGACUAUAGCCUGUCCCGGAAAUCACCUGCAACUUCUCUCACUGGACAUUUCAAGAUGCUGUUAAUUCUGGUUGUGAUGCUAAUUGCAACGGCUUGUACAUCUGUCGCUAGUCCAGUCGUCGAAAACCAAUCCAGACCACAAGUACUAAGCUAUGAAAUGGAUACAGCAAAUAUGCCAAAUUCUUAUAAUUUCCACUAUAACACCAGUGAUGGGUCUUCUAGAACGGAAGAAGGAAACAUGAUAAGUACAGGAACAGACGCUCCCGCUCUGGACGUGCUUGGCGCAGUCCGUUGGUUCGAUGAAAAAGGAAACCAAUACGAAAUGACUUAUAAAGCGGGAAGAAGAGGCUAUAGAACAAUCAUUAAGAAAAUAUCGUAGAUUAACAAAAAAAAAAACAUUGAAUGAGACUGGAAAUGAUAUCAUAAUUUAUUUGGUUGUCCUUUAUUUAUUUAUUAAACUAAAUUAUUAAGUUGU